AUGUCAUCUCGAUCACUUGGUCAAUGUGUAGUAUGUGAUGAUGAUGCAGUUGGCAUUAAUUUUGCUGUUCCAACAUGUGCACCAUGUAAAGCAUUUUUCCGUCGAAAUGCUGUUAAACUUGGUAGACGUGAUUUUAUUUGUCAACAUGAUGGUGAUUGUCCAGUAACGUAUAAAUCUCGUCGUUUUUGUAAUUGUUGUCGUCUAGCAAAAUGUUUUCGUGUUGGAAUGCAAAAAUCAUUAAUUCGAUCCGAAGCUGAACGAGAAGCAAGAAAACAACUGAUUGAACAAAAUCGUCGAAAACGUAGUCAAUAUUUAGCCAAAAAAAAUUCAGCCUUGAUUCGUCCAUCAACUUUAUUACUAUUAUCACAAAGUCAACCACAAGCAUUAUCUGCAUCGGAUCAAACACUUCUUACAAAUAUUUGUAGUGCAUAUGAACGAACAUGUAUAGCAACAAAAAAUGGACGAUGUCCAUCUUUUCCUAGUUCCAAACGUUCAUCUUUACAUAUAUUUCUUAAUGAUUAUACUGAACGACAAAAAGCAUUAGUGAAAUAUUUUAAACUUAUACCUGAAUUUGAUUAUUUAUCAAUGUCCGAUAAAAUACGUUUAAUAAGAAAUCAUUUUUGUGUAACACUAACUAUUAAUGAAGCAACACUUUCUUCUGAUAUAUCACGAGAUUUAACUGAUUCCGUAACAAUAUUAUUUAAUGGUACUAUAUCAUCUAAUCUUAUUGAAUGUAUUAAAUUAGUACAUUCAUAUACAAAUGAUCGUACGCUACUAAAACUUCUUCUUAUUGUUAAAAGUUUAUCAAGUGGUAUUAAUAGAUAUACAAAUGACACAGAUAUGGAUCGUAUUUAUGAUGAUACAUUAGCAAUAUUUUCAGCACAAAAUAUUUAUGUAGAAUUAUUAUGGAAAUAUCUUUUAUCACAUUGUCCAUCGGAAUUACAUGCUGUAAAAUUUUAUAACAAAUUAAUACGUGAUUUACUUUUUGUACAACGUGUUUGUUUUAUGACAGAAUCAUAUAUAAAUAGUUUAUCUAAUGAAAUACUUCAAAUGGAACCAUUAAUACAAAGUAUGUGGCCAAUAUCGAAUCAACAAGCUAUUACAUAUAUGGAUACUAGUGAUAUGAAACAACUUGAGUAA